GCAGAAGRGCCUGGGACUCUAAACAAUAUGGCGGACAAACACGACUUAUUCAAACGCUUGUGUUUGGGGGCAAAAAUACAGAAGAAAUCCUUAGAAYUUGGUCUUCAGAAAGUGCAGCCACGAGUUAACAACGGUAAUUUGGAUUCCCAAAACCUAUCAGAAACUCUUGACUUCUUUGGUAACAAGACCAAGACGGAUGAAGUGCCUUCAAACUCUAGCGACAUUGAAAAGUCUCAUUCAGAUAAUAGAAAACGAAUCUUUGAAACACCUUUAGAYGAAAAGUCAACGAAGAAAAAGAAACGAAAAGCCAAAUAUGAUAAUGAACGAAAYGAAGAGCUUGAGGAUAAGCAGGGGAAACAAUCUAGAAAACAAAAAGCUGAGUUACACAUUGAAAAAAUAAAUGCCUUCAGACAYACRCAUAGAAUAUUUGUCAAAGGCUCAGACAUACCUGACCCAGCGGAGAACUUUAAUGUGUUACAAGAAAGAUACAAAUUUGCAGAUUACAUUGUUAGAAAUGUUAGAGAAAGAGGCUAUGUUGAACCGACUGCAAUUCAAAUGCAAGCAAUGCCUCUUAUGCUUCAGGGCAGAGAGAUUUUAUGUUGUGCUCCAACAGGUUCUGGUAAAACUGUUGCAUUUAUUCUUCCAAUCUUACAUGACCUCAAGAAACCUAAAAAGAGUGGCUUCAGAGCCUUGAUUGUGUCACCAACCAGAGAGCUUGCACAACAGAUCUAUAGAGAACUGUGUCAUAUGUCUAAAGGCUGUGCUUUCAGAAUACACAUUCUGACCAAAGCUAAAGCUACUUCUAACAGUUUUGGUCAAAAAUCAUCAAAACGUUUUGAUAUUCUUGUGACAACACCAAACAGACUUAUUCAUCUUUUGUCCCAAGACCCACCAGGAAUCAACCUUUCUAGUGUGAAGUGGUUGGUCCUUGAUGAAGCAGACAARUUGUUUGAAGAAGGAAAAGAUGGAUUUAGAGAUCAGAUAGCAACAAUUUACCAAGAAUGUAGCAAUGAAAAUAUCAAACRUGCACUAUUCAGUGCAACAUUGUCAAAUGGCGUAGAGGAAUGGUCAAGAAUACACCUCGAUAACUAUGUGCAAGUCACUGUUGGCGCAAGAAAUGCGGCAACACAAAUAGUAGAACAAGAAUUGCUAUUUGUUGGACAAGAAUCUGGAAAACUUUUAGCAAUGCAAGAUAUAAUUCACAAGGGAAUAAGCCCACCAGUAUUAGUAUUUGUYCAGUCAAAAGACAGAGCAAAAGAACUUUUUCACGAGUUGAUUUAUGAUGGCAUCAAUGUUGACGUUAUACAUUCUGACAGAACUCAAGCACAGAGAGAUAACAUAGUAAAAAGCUUUCGAACUGGAAAGAUAUGGGUUCUAAUCGCUACUGAGCUAAUGGGGCGUGGCAUCGAUUUCAAAGGCGUUAACUUGGUCAUUAACUAUGAUUUCCCUACAUCUGCAGUCGCUUACAUCCACAGAAUAGGAAGAACUGGUCGGGCCGGUAGAGCAGGGAAGGCUAUAACAUUUUUUACUGAAGCUGAUGUUGUCAAUUUGAGAAGUAUUGCUAAUGUGAUGAAGGCGUCAGGCUGUGAUAUCCCAGACUGGAUGUUGAAAAUCAAGAAGCCAAGCAGAAAUGCGAAAAAGCAAUUACAGAAAGCUCCAAUCAAGCGACCCGCCAUAAAAACUGUGACUAAAUAUGAUUUAAGUAAAGCAAAGCGAAAAAGAAAUGUUAUCAAAGGAUCGAAAGAAAGCAAGACGAAGAAAGAGAAACAAUCAUGACACUGAAAUACUUGUGGCUAGAACACUAUAAGCACGACGAUUUCUGGCUUUGAAUUUAUUUUAAGAAAAACUGUUAUAAAAAAGAGUACAUUAAAUAGAGCUUGAGAUGC